CUCCUGUUAGCUGUAGCUCCGGGUGUCGGAAAUUUCAAAUGUAGACCUGCGAAUUGACAAAAUGUUGUCAGAAGGAAGUCAGCUAAUAAACUAUUAACUUACUGUGCCUUAAUAACACAUUAUUAGACAUUGUGCUACUCGGAGUAGAGAACAGAAUUCCGCUAUUACGUACCUGCUUACUACUAAAGCCCACCUACUUAUUUAUGAUUGGCUCUCAGGCAUGUUCUCCAAUAGUUUCUCCUUUGUGAUUGGAUAUUGACAGUUGAGUCAGUUGUCACAUCUGUAAGGAUACGUAACGAGGACAUGCUUCUCUGUAACACUCCCAGAUAGGAUGCGAAUUAUGAAGCAGAGGAGGGCCUGAGCUUCAUUGAAACUAUUUUUGGAUGGUCCAUGUGGAUUCAUGUUGAUCUUCGCCUUACCCAACCUGAACAGAGCAGUGGUGCGUGUGAGGAGACUGGCAGCACAGCUGAGCAAAGCCACCAUGACCACUAAUAACCCGGGCUCCGACUCCUCCUCUAAAAGCAGCGGUGAUGCUCCCACUGCAGCCAUUCUCAUCAUCGGAGAUGAGAUACUGAAGGGUUACACAGUGGACACCAACAGCACCUUCCUGACACGAGCACUGAGGAGGCUGGGCGUGUCUGUGCAGCGUAUCACAGUCAUACCAGACAUACAAGAGGUCAUAGCCAAGGAGGUGGUCCUCCUCUCCUCCAAGUAUACGCACCUCUUCACAUCAGGGGGCGUUGGCCCGACUCACGAUGAUGUCACCAUGGAGAGCAUUGCCCUGGCCUUCCAGGAGGAGUUGCAUCUCCAUCCUGAGCUCCAACAGCUCGUCGAAGAGUUUUUCGGGGUGACGGACAAAAACAGUCCGGCUAUGAAGAUGGCCAUGGUGCCGCGCUCGACCAAACUCAACUAUGGAACUGACCCCCAGACAGGGCAACCACAACGGUACCCGGUGGUCAGUGUGCGCAAUGUGUACGUGUUUCCUGGAAUCCCAGCUCUGAUGGAGAGGUCUUUCACUGGACUGGAGCACCUCUUUUCAGCGUCAGGAACCAGAUUUCACUCUCGUGAGGUGUUUGUCAAUGCAGAUGAAACCGAGAUUGCUCCUGUGCUGACCAAACUACAGGCCAGCUGGGGAAAAAGGGUGUCCCUUGGCUCCUACCCUGACUGGUUGAGCAACUAUAGCAAAGUCAGACUCGUCUUGGACUCAGAUAGCCAGGAGGAAGUGGACAAAGCGCGGACCCAGCUAAUAGAUGAGCUGCCCAAGGGCAGCGUGGUGUCUUUAGUCAAAGACUCUGUGUCCAUCGCCACUCCAGAGGUGUACAAACUAUCCAACAGUGGCACAGAGCUGGGAAACAAAGUCAAGUCUGCGCUGGAAACAAUAGAAGCUGCACUGGAUCAGUAUUCAACGGAGCAGAUCUGCGUUGGCUUCAAUGGAGGCAAAGACUGCACAGCUCUUCUUCAUCUCUACUACGCUGCACUGAGACGGCGGUAUCCAGAUGGAAAAGACAAGGUCAAAGCUCUGUAUAUCCGUAUUGUCUCACCAUUCCCAGAAAUGGAGCGGUUCCUCCAAGACACAAAAACCAGAUAUGACCUGGAGCUGAUAUCUGUGGAGGGCAGUAUUCGGCAGGCACUGAUCGAGGUGCAGGACAGACGGCCGGAGCUGAAAGCUGUCCUGAUGGGGACCCGGAGGAGUGACCCUUAUUCCCUCAUACUGACACCCAUGUGUCCCACUGACCCUGGCUGGCCAGACUACAUGAGAGUCAACCCACUGCUGGACUGGACAUAUCACGACAUCUGGUCGUUCCUGAGGACGUUAUACGUGCCCUACUGUGUCCUGUACGAUAAAGGGUACACCUCACUGGGCAGCAUGGACAACACCUGCCGGAACAGCGCCCUCCAGAUGGUGGAUGAGAGAGGCGUGACGCGCUACAAACCAGCCUACCUCCUGGAGAAUGAAGAAGAGGAGCGGAACUCUCGUGCCUGACGUCGUCCCCGUUCUUCCCACACGACCUCUUUGUUUUAUCGAGCGUCUGGUUAUCAGCCGCGUUUCUCUCAAAGCGAAGGCAUUUUGUUUCACUAAAGACUGACUCUCCAUGUGUGACAGGGAUGAGGCUGCACACAAAGUGUGACUUUUCUUGUGUAUUGGCUGUCCAGUUGAAUAAAACAUCAGUCUGCAUAUGCUUUCACAAUUGUCUUGUCACUUUAGGAGGGCUCUCACAUCCAGUUUUGACUGCAGCUAUUUAUCUUGUUUCACAUUUGGCUCCAUUUGUUUUAAAUGAGAUAAUCCACUAAGGGAGACAGCUGUCA